UAUUUAUUUAUUUAUUUUGGAGAUGUUUUUUCUUUCUCUUUGACUCACUGAAAAGAGAGAGUUUUGCUGGGAGUUUUCCUCUUGAGGGAAUGUUGAUGGCUGAAGUUGCGCACAACACAGCAACUACACAGCAACUACAUGAGCCAUUUUCUUGGUCUAGACAGAUAGUAACCACUUUUGUUUAUCUGGGAAUGAUCAUAUGAGAGUGUUACCCUUACUGGCACUACUCCUCCCAAAAGGGGACUAGGCGGGCUAUAAGGUAAAUAACUAGAAGAAGAUAGUGACAGGAAACUGAACUUCCUUAAUCCCAGCUUCGCCAAAAGCACCUCACGGUCCUGCGCCUCGAAGCUUCCUUUCUUAACUGGACGAAUAGGAGAGUCAGAAGGGUUUGGCUGAUGGAUAGAACCAACAUGGAUGAAUCAUUGUCGAGCAUCAUGGAGGUGAGGGAAGAUUUCAUGGUUUCACCUGAUGGUGAGAGUGAACCAACUUUGAGAUCUGCCUAUUUUCUGAAACCCCUUGCAAAGUCCCUUGAAGGAUCAGUUUCUGAGAUCCUUUCAACUUCUAUCAAUAUCACAGUACCACCUGCUUUUGAACCAAAGAAGUGGCCUUUGGUUGUCCAUUUCAGCUGCUGGCGCUCCAGAAACCGGAAAUGGGUUGAAUGGGUGGAUGCCCUUCGAGAGAGGUAUGAAUCAGUGUGGAAGAAAGUCGGUAUCUUUGAAGCAAUCAUGAGUACCAAGUGUUCCCUGGUGAAAGAUCGGAACUUGUGUAUUGGGGUUGCUGAGAAAUGGUGUCCUCAGACAAAUACCAUUUUAUUUCCAUGGGGUGAGGCAACAAUCACCUUGGAGGACGUUAUGGUGUUAGGGGGUUACCCUGUUGUUGGUGAUCCUAUCUUCACCACACUUCAAAACCAGGAAAUGAUACAAGUGCAGGAAAAACUGAUUCUUGCAAGAAAGGAACCUUGGAAGAGGAAUAAAGGUAAGCCUUCCUUAUCAGCAUGGAUGGAUAUUUUUCGCAAUAGUGGUAGUGAAAUAGAGCAUGAAGCAUUCCUAGCAACUUGGUUGACAAUGGUUGGUUUUUCCCCCAAUGACUUCGUUAAUCAACUUGCUUUCCCUAUUGCCAUUCAUCUUGCUAGAGGGAACCCCAUUGCUUUGGGACCAACAAUUUUGGCCAGCAUAUAUCAGGAUUUGUCUUUGUUAAAGGAAACAGUAGUUGGUUUGACAAAAAAACUAAUACUUGGUGAUAACUUGGAAUUGGAGGUAACACUUCGUUCUCCCUUUUACUUGGUGCAAAUUUGGGCGUGGGAGAGGUUCAAGAAUUUCCAACCACAGCCGAGGGUGAUCAACCCUGAAAACCCUUGGUUGUAUAGGUGGCACAAGGUUAAGGCCUUGAAUAUUGACAAUGCGAGAUUGGCACUAGACUCAGGUAUGGAGCAUUUUCGAUGGCGCCCUUAUGUUCAAUAUGCUGAUAGGUUCAAUGUGUUUUAUCCAGAAAAUGAAACGUUGGUACCAUUAGACACGGAUUUGGAUAAAAAACUAGUCCCUUUUGUUACAUGCUUGAAAGUUUCUGUGCUUGUUGGAGUUAAAUAUACUAUACAGAAAUACAUGCCUCACAGAGUUGCUAUGCAAUUUGGAAUGGAUCAAGAUAUUCCAGGUUGUGUGCCUGAAUUUAAUGGGAGUAAAGAGUUUGCUUGGAGAAAUUACUGCAGGCCAAUAUCUAACGGUAAGUUGUAUUUUCCUGCUAGGCUUUUUGAGGGAGAUGUUACCACAAGUUAUGCAAGGUGGUGGAAGCAAUCAGUGCUACCGAAUCAACAUGAUUUUGCUAAGAAUAUUGUGCAGCGAAAGAGAAGUCUAAGGUCACGUCGUCUUAAAUAUGGUAAUGAUGCUGAUGUUCCUCCCGGUUUUCCUCCCAAACUUGGUGGCACUGUGUAUUCUGGAAAAUCCAAUGAUGAUGCGUCAAAUGCUAGGAAACAUAACAGUGAUGCUAAUGUGCCUUCUGAUUUUCUUUUUAAACGCUUGAAAACUGUUCCUUCUGGAAAUUCUGCUCAAGAUGGUUUCAAAGAUAGUGAAAAUAUUGAUGCUGAAGUUCCAGCAAGAUAUAAAAAUUUGUCCAACCAGAGUUCUUCAGCCUCUACUGCAGAUUACGAAAAUGUUAAAAGGAUGUCACCACAGGCAAAACUGGUUGGGAAAAAUACUGUUAACCCAUUGAUUUUGAAGGAAGAUGUUGAAGAUGCAAAUGUGAUCAAAGAAGCAAGGCUGUCUAUUGAGAAAGUAAGCCAAUAUGGGGCUCAAGGUGAAAUCUAUGAUUGUGCAUCAGGAAUGAAUAUAAUAGAUCUUCAACAGAGAAUCAAAAAACUAGAUACAGUGAUUGAAAAAUUAAAGAUAGUAAAAUUUGGCCACUCUUGAAAAAUUAUUAGCUUAUCAAACCAAAAACCUUACUUCUUGUUGACAUGUAUUUCCUUUUAUAUAUACUUGCAGAAUUACGUGACAUGAAUGUUCAGAAAAGCAAGCUUAACAUGAUACUGUAGAAUUUAGUUAGCACUGGUACAUUGUCCUAGACAGAUUUCACAGCAUUAUACUGAUUGUCCUAGAAUGUAUAAGAUGGGUAGUAAUUUGAGUAACUGUACUGAUUGCAUGGUUGAAUGUUCAUUAUAUAUCACAAUGCACUCUACUGUUAUAUCUCUGUCCAGACCAAAACUGGUGUAUGAGAUGAGUGUUUUCCAUGUGGAAAUUUAUCAACUUUUGUAUGAUAUAGUAUCGGUUCAUUUAGACGAAUUUUUUUACAAGAUCCCAACUUUUGUAUGAUAUAGUAUCGGUUCUAUAGAAUUUUUAUCUUUUUAUUUUAGUUUAAAUAAUUUUAAUCUAUAAAGUGACUAAUUUUAAUGUUUUUCUUUUAUAUUCUUACGGAGUUGUUGUUCGAAAGCCAACUUGAAUAACUUUUAGACGUGUUUAAUUUAUAGCUUUAGAAAUAUCUAUGGUAAGGAUGACAAGUAUUAACCAAGUCUAAUUAGAGAACUUGAUGUGGAUAUGGACAAAUUCUUCAAGAAACUCUGCUCUAAAAAUAGAACAUUGUCAUCUUGUCAGUCAUUGUUUCUAUAGAAAACCACUAAGAGAGUUAUACUAUUUGUAUAGAUUAAAAAUAUUUGUACCUGUAAUCUGAAUAUUAUAAUAAACUAAAUGAGUAUGGAAAAUUUCUUUAUAAUUCAACCAAAUGAAGCAUACACUGAAAAAGGACAGAUUUCUUAAAUAUCAUGCUGGGACAAGUUUCUCACCUUAUUUAACACCUUUAGCAAUCUAUUUCAGAUCAAUUACCAUUAAAAGAUAAUGUGUUCUUUAAAUCAAAUGCUCCUUCGUAUAUAUAAAUACUGACAGAAAUUGGCAAAAUUAAAAACUCAGAAAAUACUACAAUCUUGAUCAUCCCUAUACAAUAUAUAUCAACCACAUCAACUCACUGCUAGUUAAGGCCUUCUUUUCCGUGUUGACUGAAGAUAAAAAAAAUAGACCCAGAAAUUUACAUUUCUGAAACUUUGAAACAACCAUCAAAUUAACAAAGGUCAGUAAAAUAAGCAUGAAUAAUAUUUUUUCAUAAACAAGACAGAACUAUUCAUUACAUUAUUGAAUAUUUUUUACAAUUGUU